UCAUGCCCAAGCUACGCCUGAAACGAACUCUGGAAGAAGAGGCUGCUCGACGUUUACGGAAAGAGAGGAAAGCGGCCAAACGUCGAUAUCCACGAGAUGACCAUGAUGAACGGUAUCCAAACUGCCCCCGUCACCAUUCCUCACACGAAACCUUGAAGCCUUUCAGUAGUCGAAAGUGGGCUUCAGAUGACGAGGACUUUAUUGGAUCAGAACCCGCAGACUCGUCGUCCGGAGCCUACACGACUUCCUGCUAUCCGGAAUCGGAAUCAUACAGACAUGCCUCCAAACCCGACUAUGAGGCUAUACAAGCCGAAAUGGAGGAACAACGUUUUCGAGAGAAAAUCUCGAUGGCUUUCGAUGAGGACGAAGCUUUUGAUUCCCUUGAAGCUCGUCUCAAUUCGUUCGCCCAUGUUCCAAUGCACUGGGGUGGCGGUCAUAGCAACAGAACUCAACCAAAUUAUGACACCGAUGCAUUCAUGAAGCUCGAUCCCAUGAGUUUGGACGAGGAGGAUUAUGCUGAAUGGAUUCGACGAGGAAUGUAUCGCAAAACACAUGUACAAGAAUACGAAGAGGAGGAACGCAAGAAAUCGGAGCGUGCUUCCAGGCGUGCUCGGGAGAAAGCCAUCAAGGCCGAAACUGAACGUUUAGGGAGAGAAGCGGCCAACGAUCGGAGGCGGAGGAAAGGCGAGAAGGAAUAUCGUAAACGUCGUGAAGCUAUCGAUGUUUACCACGGCAGAUGGAAAAAACUUUUGUCUACUCAAUCAGAUUCGCUCACCACAGUCGGUUUCAACGAUAUACCCUGGCCAGUUUUCCCCUCUGAACACGACCGGAAGGGCUCUACCUCUUCUUGCAUCUCGUUGGAGGACCUCACCAAGGACGCAAUCUCUGCUUUUCUAUUCAUGUCAACCAGUAGUACACCUCUUUCCGAUAUGAAGAUUGAAGACGCCGAGAAAGAGAAGAAGGACAGGAAAGAUAAACUUCGAGAGACGUUUCUACGAUUCCAUCCCGACAAGUUCGAGGGGCGUUUCAUGUACAAGGUACCGCAAGGAGAUCAAGAGAAGGUCAGGGCGGGACUGGCAACUGUCGUGCGGGCAUUGAACGAGUUGGUGACAGAAAGUUAGGUACUUCACCUUUUGUUUCUUG